UAAUUCAGUCUCCAUGAUGUUCCUCGGCUCUGCUUAAGUUGAUGGGGAGCAUGACGUGGGAACAUUAAGGCGCCUCAAUGCUACUGGGCCUCUGCAGGUCUGACCGCUUAAUUGCAACCCCGCGGCCUCCGGAAGGGCGUAAAACAAUGACAUGUUGCCAGCAUCUGAAGAUUGAGUGAUGUCAUGGGAAAGAUAAAAAAGCCGCUUCGCCGAGUUCUGACCAUCAAGCUCUUUAACGUCCUACGAGAGGGAAAUGGCAUCCGAUCGAACAACCGAGCGUGAUUUGACCCCAAAUCCCCCCAUCUCAGAACUUUCUUACGAUGACCGCUCCCUUGAGAACAGGGACACGGGGAACGGGUUCUCGCUUCCUCCGACGGACGGAGGAAAGGAUGCAUGGCUAUUUUUAUUCGCAUGCUUCAUUUUGGAAGCACUGAUAUGGGGUUUCCCGGCAAGUUAUGGCGUCUUCCAGGAGUUCUACAGUACGAACAAGCCAUUUGAGGGCUCCCCGAAUAUUGCAGUGGUAGGAGCAUGUGCUAUGGGAAUUAUGUACCUUACUCAGCCUCCCAUGUUCGCCAUUCUAAAGCGAUUCCCCAAAAUGCGUCUCUGGGCAACGCCGGCUGGCCUCAUCGUCAUGUGCCUCGCACUCGGUCUUGGGUCUCUGUCGAAUAGUAUUCCUCAGCUCAUCGUCACUCAGGGAAUUUUUUAUGCCCUUGGAGGCACUCUUGCAUGGACGCCUAUCCUCUUCUUCAUCGAAGAAUGGUGGGUGCGACGCCGAGGCUUUGCUUACGGUGUUAUGAUGGCAGGAUUCGGGAUAUCCGGGGCCGUUCUACCCUUGAUACUGCAGUGGCUGCUACACAGCUACGGCUUCCGAACCACGCUGCGCGUUUGCGCGCUGGCGUUUGUAGCACUCAAUUUCCCGAUCCUCUUCUUCUUCAAGCCCCGGCUUCCGCUUGCUCAGACUUCACAGGCUCGGGGUUUCGACAUGUCUUUCUGGGGGUGUUCGAACUAUCUCAUCCUCCAAUCCGCAAACUUGGUUCAAAGCCUAGGAUACUUCCUCCCGGGAAUCUACCUGCCUACCUUCGCCCGGGCAUUGGGCGCAUCGAAUCUCGGGAGCGUUGCGACCGUCAUACUCCUGAACGGCGCAGCCGCAGCUGGCUGCCUCUGCAUGGGCGCGGCUGUUGAUAGAUAUCAUGUCACGACUUGUCUUUCCGUGGCCGCGUUAGGCUCGACCCUCGGUGUAUUUCUACUCUGGGGAUUCUCCACCUCUCUGCCACCUCUCUACAUCUUCAGCUUAGUCUACGGCGCCUUCGCGGGUUGUACAUCGACGGCUUGGAGCGCCAUCAUCCGGGAUACCAAAGAGAAGCGGCCAGGAGUCGAUUCGGGCAUGGUAUUUGCAUGUCUUGCCGCAGGGAAAGGUGUGGGCAACGUUUGCAGCGGCCCACUUAGCGAAGCUCUUCUUCAUGCCGGAAACUGGAAGGCUGGAAUGGCGUAUGGAAGCGGGUAUGGUCCACUCAUUGUCUUCACUGGGACGACGGCCCUGCUUGGAGGAUGGGGUUCUGCAGCAAAGAGAAUGGGGUGGCUGUGAGCCUGUGAACGCGUCAGCCAGCUGUUCAGCAGCCACACUUCGACAAUGCAUCGGAUUCCCAGCAUCCGGGCUUUGUCGUGCGGGAACUGCAUAAAUGCUCAAUUGCUGUGCAAAGCUGCUGAGUUUCUGUGCACUCUUAUUAUACCAGUAUGUUUAAAUCGUUGCAUGGGGUCCAUCCCAUAUCUUAUGUCAGAGAAGGAUCGAACAUCACCUU